GUGGCUAGAACGACAGCCCUGCUCCUGCUCUUCAUCCUCGCUUCCGCAUCGGCCAGCCAGAAAGCCGAGAAGAGGCACUACAGUCCCUAUGGAUGGGGAUUGGGGUACGGAGGUUAUGGAGGAUACGGAGGUUAUGGAGGGUACGGAGGUUAUCCCGGCUUCUACGGAGGUUAUCCCGGCCUCUACUACGGAGGAUUCGGAGGGUACCCGGACCUGCGAUGGUAUCGGAGAACUCGUCGGUCCGUCAUGACGGAGCAUCAUCGUGGGGAAAUUGCUGCCAAUUUGCCAAAUAAGCGGCUAAGUUCCUCGAUCGACACGAAAUUGCACUCGGUCGGUUGCGAAGUUCCGCGGAUUCCCCGAGGGCCAAAGGUCGGAGGGAGGGAGGCUGGAAUCCUCUCCGCCGAGAAACGCUCUGAGCGCAACACAUCCGUGUGGCUGACGGUGUCCUUCACGGUGGAGCGAUACCUGGCCAUGAAGAACCCGCUGAAGGGCAAGGUGUGGUUCACCGAGUCCCGGGCGAAGCGGGUCAUCGCCCUCGUCUACAUCCUCUGCUUCCUCAGCAUCCUCUCGACUCCCUUCGAGUGGAGGGUGCAGGAGUCCCAUCUGGUUCGUGAUGAUCGAGACGAAUCCCAGAUCUCCCUCGUUCUCAGCAGCCUCGGCGCUAAUCCUGGAUACAGGAAGGGAUUCUAUUGGUUCACGGUGACCGUGUUUAUAUUGGUCCCUCUCACCCUUCUCCUCGUCCUCAACAUCCUCCUCAUCUACCACGUCCACCGGACCUUCCGUCAGAGGACUUUCCUCAUGGCCCACACGACCCGCCAAGAGUUGCGCGAGAACCGUGUCACCGUCAUGCUCAUCGCCGUGUCCGUCCUGUUUCUCCUCUGCCAGAGUCCGACCGCCUUGGUCCUCAUCUACUCCUCCUUCGACCAACCCGUACCGAACUCUCGUGGCGAUUACAUCCUCAGGAUCUGCGGGAACGUCUUCAAUCUCCUCAUGGCCAUGAAUGCUGCCAUAAAUUUCCUGUUCUACUGUGCCCUGAGUGGCCGCUAUCGCAGAGCCAUGAUGAACAUCUGUCGCAGAACCGUGUCAGGAUUCCGGGAUUCGUCCAGGUGUCAGGAUCAUAGAAGAAAUGUCGGGUCGACUGGGUGGUCUCCACCUCUGCAUAAUCAGUUUCUGGGAGUCUCGAGUUACGGCGAUCUCAACUCCGAGCACGCCGUGACUGAAUCUCAUCAGUUGACGCAAAUGGGGCUGUCAGAUCGGACGACUGACUCUCAAGAUGUUUGA